AUGCCUCGUCUUCUUUACUUUGGUCAAAAGAAUCAUUUUCACAAUCUUUGCAAAUUGUACAAGGAUCAAUCACCACCAAAAUUUAAAUCCACAAGAAUCCAAUGUGAUUUACUUCCUCUAUUAGAGAAUGAAUUUAUUAAACUUGGAACGAAACAAAUUUCAAAGAAUAACAUUCUACAGAAAUAUCAAGUAUUUAAAGAUACUAUUGUGAUGUUGGCUACAGAUGGAGAUGAAUAUUUUCCAAGUCAAACAUUGAUCAUGAUCAAAUUGUUAGAAAACAAGUCAGUUCAUUAUAUUGUGGAAUUGAGUGAAGAUGGUUAUAUUGAAGAACCUGUGGAUGAUAUUCAGGUUGGAGAUGAUUUUGUGGUUUUGAAAGGUCAAUCUCAUAAUCUUUAUAUUUGUUAUCAAAAUACCACUUCACAGCGCUAUGACGUAAGACCUCUUUCAUUCGAACAUGGUCAAAUUGAUUAUUAUUCAUGUGCCAUUCAUUCCUUGGUCAUUAAAACAAAGGCACAACAGUUUUAUGUGGCCACGAUUGAUUCAUUAAGUGGGAAAAUCAAAAACUUGGACACUCUUAUUGAGAUGAGCAAAUUGACUUCAAGUCCUACUGAGAAAUUAGAACAAGUUGAGACCUUGUUUUACGUUGAGAGUGGAAUGUAUCCUCUCGCUAGAACCUCAAAUAAUGAUAAACUGAUCUACAAGGGGCCAUACGGCAUUCCUCAUAGGCGAUAUGGAGGUGGUUAUAUCGAUGGAAUAUUGUUGGAGGCUAAACAUUAUGGUGUAGGAGUCACAAUAGAAAAACUCUAUUGCGAUUCCAUUUCUGCUGUGGUCAUGCUUAGUAACGGUCGACAUCUUUGGGUGAACCAUGUGGACUGCUAUUUCAGAGUUGAGGAUUUAACUUCAGUUGUUCAACAAUGUGUUGGAAAUGAAUGGGAAAUUGAGAGAGUAAUUCCCAAUAGAGGCGGAAAUGGUUAUGCUCUCAUGUUGAAAAACACCAAGACUGACUCUUCUCAAAUCAUGGUCGUCACCAAUCCAAGAGCAGUAGGUUGUGAUCCAUUGUUUCUCGAGAACUCUAAAGAUUUGAAGGUAAAAGAAGAAGAAUAUAUUUGGGCGUUUUUGUUACCAACCUAUGUGCUCAGACAAUAUUCACUUUCUGAAUCAAACAACAACAUUGAGAAUGUUUAUCUCACCAAUAGUUUCAUGUUGUUUGAGGUUGAGGAUCAGGAAAAGGUUUAUUUAAAAAGAUUAGCAGCCUGUGUUGGAUUCCGUGAUAUUGAGGUUGUUUCUUUUGACAGGUUAAAUUAG